AUGACAGAAUCCCGGAUUUCCACGAGCUCGGAACGAACCACGGAAGAUCAUGCUAAUGCACCGGAAACGAACAAUGACAACAAUGGCUUAGCAACUUCGCCAUUACCAAGAACAGAACACAAACCCGAGAUGGAGGAAGAUAUAGCAUCGAGACCAGAGAUCGCGCGUGUGUUGAAUUCUGACCUCGCAAUCAAUGCACUCUUGUCACGACUAAAGCAGUCGUUACUGACCUGUGAAGAGCUUACAAAAUUCGUGCGUAAAAAAUCGUUUUUGGAGGAUGUUCACGCCCAGGAACUGGGCAAAACUUACAAAAACUUCUUUCAAGACAGUACGCUAACGUCGUCAUUGCAACGAAGUAUCCAUGGCGUGCUUGACUUCGAUGGGAAACUCGCUCAGGUGAAAAACAGCUACGUAAAAGCAUUACAGAAAAUGAGUGAUGAACUCGGAGCAUUACUGCAAACUAUAACCAAAAUGCGGAAGGGGCUCAAGGAAACUAGCCGCAGACUAGAAAAAGAAGUAUCCGAGGCGAUCCACAUGGCAGAAAAGGCGAAAAACAGAUACCACUCGCUGUGCCAAGACUGGGAAAAAUUGAGAAUGGCGGAUCCUUCCAAGACGAAAUUAACACUCAGAGGUUCCAAGACCACUCGCGAACAGGAAGAAGAUUUGCAAAGGAAAAUCGACAGCGCAGAUCUCGAUUUUAAACAGAAAGUUGAUCACUCUGCCUCUCUUAGAAAUACCUUCUUCACCAGAGAAAGACCCAAAAUUGUGUCCGAACUAAAAGACCUGAUUUUGGAAAUCGACACAGCAAUGGCUAUUCAGUUGCAGAAGUACACGAUCUGGACGGAAACGCUCAUACUCAACAGUGGUGUGACCGUCACACCAUUCGACCCAUCCAAGUCCAUGAAAUCUGUGGCCGUUUCCAUGUCAAACAAGCAAGACCUUUAUGACUUUCUCAACAAGCACAAUCAUGGUUCCAGAAGUAACAACUUCAUAAACAAAAACCUCAUACCCGUUGAGUACAGACAACACCCAUCGAUGUCAAAGCCAAACCAAGGGAGAAAUGGGUUCAAUACACUGGGAAAGCAGAACCAGGCUUAUCCAAGUGGAUCCUCGUUCAAUCCACCCGUAAAUUCCCUGCCAAGAAGGAUGGUGUCCACGCAUAAUGAAUCGCCUUUUGAGUCAUCAAAGAACAACAAUCAGCAAGCAUCUCCUGUUGCGGGAAACUAUAAUUUCACUAGCAGUCCUUCUCGUCAGACUAUCAUCAGAGCACAGAUGGCACCAGUGUCAUCUGCCUCUUCCCAACAGAAGCCAGUAUCGUCCAUGGUCGAUGUAGUCGCUGGCAAGGAAGACACAAUAGGCCCUGACGGAAAAGAUUUUCCAACCUUAGACCCUGGAAAUAAUACCCGUACAACAAGUCUCACUACAUCGAUGGUUACUUCUGCAAGUGAUCGCCCUAUUUCCCACAUUCAAUCAUCUGGGACCCUCCCACCUGGCAUUAACAAGAAUGUUAAAACUUUCGGCGUUCCGUUGGAAAACCUGAUGGAAUACGAACAAGAAAUGGUUCCUGCUGUCGUUCGUCAAUGCAUCUACGUCGUGGACAAACAUGGUCUCGAUCUUGAAGGUGUCUAUAGAAAAUCGGCCAACGUGCUAGAAGUCAGCAGGCUUAAGGAGGAAAUUGACAAAGACCCUUCAAACAUAUCAAUGAUCGUACCGCCUAAGAACUACACUGAGUCUGACAUUUAUCUGGCUGCGUCUAUCUUAAAAGCUUUUUUCUCCAAUCUGCCGACGCCUCUUCUUCCUCCUUCAAUGACUUCUGACAUCAAGACAUGUCUUUCGAUACAAGAACCAGUUACAAGGAAAAACUUCAUGCAUGGUCUCAUCUACAAAUUGCCCGACAGUCAAUAUUGGACUUUGAGGUCUUUGAUAUUUCAUCUAAUGAGAGUGGUAGAACACGAGCCAUCUAAUAGAAUGAAUCUAAAGAGUAUUUGCAUUAUUUGGGGGCCCACAAUAGUAGCACCCAGUGAUACGGAUGUUAACGACGUGAACUAUCAAAUACAGGCAAUGGAAGUAUUGAUAAACGCCGCAACUCAAGCGUUCGAACCAGAGUAA